AUGUAUAAGCCAAAAAAGAUGGAAUUAUUAUUUCAUCAAUUAGACGAUGAACAUGACUCAGAAGAUGAAGGGAUAGAUGAUUAUAAAAUUGGAGGGUAUCAUCCUGUACAUAUUGGAGAAUUGCUUUAACAUAGAUAUGUGAUAAUUUAAAAGCUAGGAUGGGGUCAUUUUUCAACUGUGUGGUUAUGCAAGGAUUUUUAAUUUGAUACAUAUGUUGCAAUUAAAGUAUAGAAAUCUGCCGAGAAUUAUUUGGAGGCAGCUUAUGAUGAAGUGGAAAUAUCAUAAAAAGUGGCUUAGAAUGUUACAAACUAGAAAUGGCUUGAAACAUUAAAAUAAUACAAACCCAAUCAGAGAUUGAAUCGAGAUGAUAAUCAUGUUGUGCAAUUGUUAAAUUCUAUUGUUUAUAGAGGACCAUAUGGAUGUCAUUUUUGUAUGGUGUUUGAAAUCUUGGGAGUUAAUCUGUUGGAAAUAAUUAAGAGAUUCGAGUAUUAAGGAGUUCCAAUGAAAUUAUGUAGAAAAAUAGCAAAAGAAAUAUUGAUUGGUUUAGAAUUCUUACAUGAAUAAUGUGGAGUAAUUCACACAGAUUUAAAGCCUGAAAAUGUGUUACUUCAAUUGUCUUAGGAAGAGAUCAAAGACAUCAUUGAAAAUGGUUAAUUAACAAGCAACUAGAUUUUCAAGGAACGUUUGGAAUUUUAUCAUUAGCUUUUUGAUAUCAAAAAGGAUGAGCCAGUCAAACUAGGAGACAAUUUGUUUCUAAAUAAAAUUGACUCAAUAAAACCUGUUGAAACAGUUAAUUCUGGUUCACAAAAAGAAUAAUAAUCAUAAACUAAAAAUCAAUUAAGAAAUUUAUAGAGAAGGUAAAAGAAAAAAUAACAGAAAUUAUAAAAACAAUAAGAAAUCGGAGAGUUAGAUGAAAGUUUGAAAAUUUAAGAUAAAGAAAAUGAUGAACUUAUAAAAUAGCAUUAAAUUAAAAAGCGAAUCUUAAGGAUAAAAAUAAUAACAAUCUAUUUUAAAUUGAUAAGAAAUCUCUACUUAAAUAAAUUCAAAAGAAUGAUUUUUCAGUAAAAGUAGCAGAUUUAGGAAAUGCCUGUUGGAAACAUCAUUAGUUUUCUACGUUAAUUUAGACUAGAUAAUAUAGAUCUCCUGAAGUUUUAAUUGGAACAAGAUAUAAUGCCACUACCGAUAUGUGGAGUUUUGCUUGCAUGUUAUUUGAAUUAUUAACUGGCGACUUCUUGUUUGAUCCUAGAAAAGGUGCAAAUUUUUCUAAAAAUGAUGAUCAUAUAGCUUAAAUUCAAGAAUUAACAGGAAAAUUUCCUUUAUAAUUUUCUUAAAGAGGAUUAAAAUCUAAGAGAUAUUUCAAUAAAGAAGGUAAUCUUUUAAGAAUUCCAAUCCUAAAUUGUUGGUCAUUAACAGAUGUUCUAAUAGAAAAGCAUAAGUAUAUUCCAAAAGAAGCAAAAGAAUUAGGUAAUUAGAAUAGUUUAAUAUUUUAGCUUCUUUUUUAGAACCUAAGUUAAAUCCUUAUCCAGAGAAAAGAGCAACGGCAUCCUAAUCUUUAAAGCAUUCCUGGUUGAAGAGUGAGAGCGAAGGGGUGAAAAUGAAUGAAGAGCAAUACAAAGAAUACAAAGAAAAAAGAGGAUUAGUUGAAUUUAAAAAGGUAAAUAAAAAGUAAUCAUUUAGGAAGUCGAAAGUGAAGAUGAAUGUGCCGAUAGAAGUGAAUCACCAAGAGUAAUACUAUAGUUUAUUAAAUUAAAAUAACAAUCUAUAUUUUUUUUGAAUCCCUAAAUUAAUCUAUAUUUAUUGUACCUUUUAGCACCAAACGUCAAUGUUAUGUUAAACCAAGGAUAGUAGAUAGAAAAGAAAUCGACAGAUCUUUUACUGAUCUUGGAUAUAUAGGAUUUGGAAAUGGGAUAGAUAUAGAUUUAUUAGAUUCUACAGGGAAUUGGCAAUUUAUUAAUUGA